AUGCAAAUAAUUAAGCGGAAGAGGCAGAGCUACGAAAGGAAAACCGCGCGACACAAUGGUGUGCGGAGGUGGAAAGGCGAAGAUAAUGCGACGGACGAUGACGACCCCUCGCGGCGAGUGGUGUGCUACUACACCAACUGGUCGGUAUACCGACCGGGCAACGCGAAAUUCACGCCUCAGAACAUCAACCCAUACCUGUGCACGCAUCUCAUCUACGCGUUCGGAGGCCUUACGCGGGAGAACGGGCUGCGGCCUUACGACAAAUACCAGGACAUCGAGCAAGGCGGCUACGCCAAGUUCACGGGGCUGAAGACGUACAACAAGCGGCUGAAGACGCUGCUGGCCAUCGGCGGCUGGAACGAGGGCUCUGGCCGCUUCUCGCCGCUGGUGGCCGACGACGAGCGGCGCCGCGAGUUUGUGCGCAACGUGCUCAAGUUCCUGCGCCAGAACCACUUCGACGGGCUGGACCUCGACUGGGAGUACCCGGCCUUCCGCGACGGCGGCAAGCCCCGCGACCGAGCCAACUACGCCGCGCUCGUCAGGGAGUUCGAGCGGGAGUCCUCCAAGACGGGCCGCCCGCGCCUGCUGCUGACCAUGGCGGUGCCGGCGGGCAUCGAGUACAUCGACAAGGGCUACGACGUCGAGUCGCUCAACAGAGAUCUGGACUUCAUGAACAUUCUCAGCUACGACUAUCACUCUGCAUUUGAACCGGCUGUUAAUCAUCACUCACCGCUUUUCUCCAUGGAGGAGGACAACGAGUACAACUUUGACGUGCAGCUGAACAUCGACCACACGGUGAAGCACUACAUGAAGCGCGGGGCGUCGCCCGAGAAGCUGGUGCUGGGCAUCCCCACGUACGGCCGCUCCUACACGCUGUUCAACCCGCUCGCCACCGACCUGGGCGCGCCCGCCGACGGGCCCGGCGAGCAGGGCGCCUCCACGCGCGAGAAGGGCUACCUCGCCUACUACGAGAUCUGCGAGGGCCUCAAGGAUUCGGACGAGUGGAAGGUUGUUCAGCCCAACCCUAAGGCCAUGGGACCGUACGCCUACAGGGGCAACCAGUGGGUGGGUUACGACGACAUGGACAUUGUAAAACGCAAGGCGCAGUACGUGAGCGAGCACAGCCUGGGUGGCAUCAUGUUCUGGUCCAUCGACAACGACGACUUCCGAGGCGGCUGCCACGGGAAGCCCUACCCCAUCAUCGAGGCGGCCAAGGAGGCGCUGCUCACCGCCGCCGCCAGC